ACCACAUCGCGUCCCGUCUCCCCUCUUUCCAAAUACCUAAAUCCCAAAAUUCCCCUUUAAAACCCUAGAAUUCGAUUACCUUCUUCAAAUUCAUACAAAAUCCCUUGUUUAUUUAUCGAUUUAUUUGCUCACGAGGGCAUCGUCAUCGUUAUUUGCUCUAUCUUCUGCUGCUCUCGAGAGCUUAAACGGGUUUCGAUUAUGGCGAUGGAGGUGCAGACAUCUGGAAAACCUAUCGAAACUUUGAUAGAGAGGGUGCUCUCUAUGAAUAUCCUGUCCUCUGACUACUUCAAAGAGCUCUACAAGCUGAAGACGUAUCACGAGGUCGUCGAUGAGAUCUACGAGCAGGUUGAUCAUGUGGAGCCUUGGAUGACUGGUAACUGUAGAGGCCCUUCAACAGCAUUUUGCCUUCUGUAUAAAUUUUUUACGAUGAAACUGACGGUCAAACAGAUGCAUGGGCUGUUGAAGCACCCUGAUUCUCCUUAUAUCAGAGCUAUUGGUUUUCUCUACUUGCGGUAUGCUGGGGAUCCUAAAACAUUAUGGAAAUGGUUUGAGCCAUAUGUCAAAGAUGAGGAGGAGUUCGCUCCAGGGUCUGAUGGUCGAAUGACAACAAUGGGGGUCUAUGUACGUGAUCUUCUUCUUGGACAGUACUACUUUGACAGCCUUUUCCCGCGCAUUCCUGUUCCCAUCAUGCGCCAGAUUGUCGCAAACCUUGAGAAAAUGAAUCUUCCAACCAAGCAAUCUGGUGUGACUGGCGAAUCAAGUCGUCUUGGCUCAGAUGAUACAGCCCGUCGCCCUCCAUCAGUGAAAGCUGCCCUUUCCGUCUCUUUUGGACAACGAGCCCCUCAUCGUGCGUCCACUCGGGACUCUUCCCCUGUUCGAAGAACCUUGCCUCCUCCUCGUGAAAGAAGAAGCCACAGUAGAGAAAGACCGGACAACGACCGAGACCGAGUGAGAGAUCGAGACCAUGACCGUGAUCGCGACAGAGAGAGAAGGCACAAGAGGAGCUAUGAUGAUCGUGAUGGUAGAGAUAGAGAUUCUCAUCGGUAUUCAGAUAGGGGUAACGAGAGGCGGGACUAUGGAAGGAGUGGAAGAGAUAGAGAUUGGUACAGAGGAGACUCUAGCUCUCGUAGGAGCAGGAGCAGAAGCAGGAGUCCUAGUCGAGCAAGCUCAGACCGUCGUCCUAGCCCAUUUGGUGAUGGAAAUAGAGACAAGGUCUCUAGCAAUCUGGCAAAGUUGAAGGAUUUGUAUGGUGAUGUGAGUGAUAAGAAGAAGGAUGCAGGUAAUGAUAGGCUUAUGAAGGAUACUAGUACUGAGGAAGUGAUCAGACUUGGGGGCUCUUCAUGGAAGUAAUAUGAAUUGCUUUCUCCUCCUAUGAACGAUUAUGAGCGGGGACAUAGAACCGAGUCCAGGAUUGAAGGAAAAUUGUCAAGGGAUCAGCUUGAUUUAAGAUCCUGGAACCCAGAUGGGGGAGGAUAUCAUGUAUUUUAAUUAAACUGGAUGCACGAGCACAAUUUUAAGCUUAGGUGAUCGACAAUCUUUGAUGGUUGCGUAUUUUAGAUGUAUGGUUCAGUAGGGUCAUACUUUUUAAGCCUUGCUGAUAAAUUUACCAAGUGUAUCAGUAUCAGAAUUCAGCUCAGUAGACUGCUAAUGUGCGCAGCCUCUUGGUUCGGUAUGUACUUUGUAGUUUAUGAUUCACAUGUAUUUGCUUUUGUAUUCUUACCUCUCCGGUUUCUGGUUAUGCUAA